AUGGCGCACCCGGUCGCCAUCAGACUCAUCCCAUUCUAUAAGAGGCUGGGGAAGAAGAGGUGGGGCAACCUCUCGGAGGAUGACGUCACCGACAUCCAAGGGGCCCUCAAGAAGGGGAAGCUGGAGGAGGCGGCUUCCAAGAUCAAGGAGAAGAUGGAGGCGGCCGAGAGGGCCCCCCUGAACAUCGCCGUCGUCGGGGAGACCGGCUCCGGGAAGUCCACCUUCAUCAACACCCUGCGCGGGCUAGGGCACGAGGACGAGGACUCCGCCCCCACCGACGUGGUGGUCACCACCCUGGAGCCCAUCCCCUACCGGUACCCCAAAUUUCCCAAUGUCACCCUGUGGGACCUGCCGGGCAUCGGGGCCCCCGACUUCCGCCCGGAGGCCUACCUGAAGAAGGUGAAGGUCAACCACUACGACUUCUUCGUCAUCGUCGCCUCGGAGAGAUUCAAGUCCAGCCACUUGAGCCUGGCCCAGGAGAUCAGGAGGGUGGGGAAGAAGUUCUAUUUCGUCCGGGCCAAGGUGGACAAUGACCUGUACAACUCACGGCGGAGCAAGCCCAAGAACUUCAGCGAGGAGCUGGUCCUGCAGAGGAUCCGAGAGGACUGCCUGAGCGGUCUCCAGAAGGGAGGGGUCAGCGACCCCUGGGUCUUUCUGGUGUCCAGUCUGGACGUGUCCCUCUACGACUUCCCCAAGCUGGAGGACACCCUAGUGUCGGAGCUGCCCGCUCACAAGUGCCACGCCCUGGUGCUGGCCCUGCCCAACGUGGCCGAAGAGGCGGGGGAGACCAGCCGGCCCACGUUGCAGGAGAAGAUGGGGCUGAGGGCCCUGAAGGCGGCCGCCUGGGCCACCCUCCCUCUCGCCCGCCUGGCCGGCCGGUCCACGGAAAAACCGAGGGGCCCGUCCCUGGAGGAAGACUUGCCGGACUUGGCCGAAGACGAGCUGAAGAACGCCAGUCUCGUCGGCGACAUGCUGGACAGCGUGAAAGUGGUGGUCGGCUCCAUCCCGUUCGUCGGGGGCUACGGGGCCGACGCCAUCUCCUACGUGCAGGGCUACUACAUGCAGUGGCCCUUCCUGGACGCGGUGGCCCAAGACACCACCGACAUCCUGAGGAAAACGUGGAGGAGCUGA